AUGCAGUCCUUAGCCGUUUCUUGCAGCUCGUCAGCCAUGCUUGCGGGAGCUAACUCCCUGCAAUCAGCGUCGUCGUCGUCGUCGUCGUCGCUGAUUCAACGAGCGCCAGCUGGGGCUCGCAGCAUUUCAUUCGCGAGGCCCGGGCGACUGGGGAGUGGACUCGGGCGAAGGAGAGUGAUGCUGGUGACGGCAGCCACAGGCGGGGCGAAGGGGUUCGGCAAGGCGGACGACGGCAAGAGCCGGUGGGCGCCCGAUGUGUCGGCGGCGCAAGAGGUGUCUCAGAGGCCCUCCCGUGCUGCCUCGGAUGACGACCGGCUGUUUGAGGAGCGCCUGAGGGAAGUGCGCCGGGCGCCCUCCCGUGCUGCCUCGGACGAUGACCGGCUGUUUGAAGAGCGCCUGAGGGAAGUGCGCCGGCAAGCAGAAGAGAAGAAGCGGGCGAAAGCAGUGCAAAGCACAGCAGCCAUAGACUAUGACAACCCGCAGACAGAGCCCCUGGUGGACACCGCUGCUCUCACCAAGGACCUCCCCACUAAGGAGCAGCAGGGGCAGGUGAGCAGCACAGCAGCCAUAGACUACGACAAUCCGCAGACAGAGCCGCUGGUGGACACCGCUGCUCUCACCAAGGACCUUCCCACUAAGGUGAGUCGCGCUGUGCUGCUGCUUGGCACGAAGCAGUGGAGCAAGCUUUUGGGCGUCAUUCUUGGCAUUGUUCCGGAUGAUGGUGAACGCAUUGCAGUGCAGACAGAGCCCCUGGUGGACAUGGCUGCUCUCACCAAGGACCUCCUCUUAGCUUAG